AUUCACAUCAUUCGCGCCAACUUCCUGUUUGUUAACCAUCGAUGAUCGAGAAGGUAGCAUCGUCUGCAACAUUGUGUCGAACAUUGACAAAACAUGUCAUAUGCAUCGUGUCAUUGGUGAAUUUUUAUGUUGGAUUUUGAAUACCUUGAACUCUUCAUGCUUCUUCUAGACUCAGUCUGCGUGCCAUGCUGACUCACGGAGCAGGUUAGGUUAAGUGCCUGGAUUACGAGGGCAUGUAGUAAACGAAUGGGGGCUUGUUUAUAGGGGAUUCGGACCAGGCAUCAUGAGGCUUAUAAUACAUGUAUCCUGCCGACAUAUCAAUCCAUGGUACUCACCAAUCCGUGGUAUUUUUUAUGACGUCAUGUCUCGCUAAGCUAUCACUUCAGCAGACAUUGUGACGUUCAGCCUCCAAAAAUUACACUGAUCACAUCGUACGGAAGUAAAAUCUAUUUUUCUGGGUAGCCUACUCCUACAGAAUGCCGGAUACCCCAAGUAUAUACAUAUAUAUAUAUGCCAUGUUUGUUUGAUGCUACUAAUAGCAUUAAUGUUAGAAUAGUGUGAUAAAGCUCAAAGAAGCACAAGAACGAUUCCUGUCAUUUGUAUGGUUUAAUAUGAUUACACCACAAAAUCAAAAUCAAAUAUUAAAGAGAUUCAUAAACUUCUUAAAACUAAAUUUUUUUUACAUCAACAUUGAAAUAUUUCAUGAAAAUAUAAGUUCUGUAAUGGCAUUCAGCAAUCACACCAGAGAAUCCACUUGGGAUGCAUUCCAGCAAACAUAUUUUCCAUUAGGGCUUAACUUUGAAACUAAAAUGACAUUUACUUAUGAUAGCAUUCCAAACCAUCUUGUAUUUUAGUGAGGCAGCUAAAAUGGUGGCAUAAAAACUUUAUUAGGAAACAUUACUUAGGAAGGCCCUUGUGCAUAUUUCUUACCAAUAUGGAGGAAGGUAUCUUGUAUUCUGUAUUCUAACCUUUUUAUGACAUGUGUUUCCUACAACUGAUGAUAGAAAUGUCACGUGACAGACACAUUACUUGUGCAAGUGUAGAGUGAAAUAUCAGUGGAAUUGGUCACAGUGAGGUCUAUUUGGGAGAAAUUGUUUUGUUUUGAAACAGAAAUUGCUCUACUGCUGUUUGGCCUGGACCAGACUUGAUGUGUACAUGGCUCCCAUGAUGUAACUAAUUAAGUUGACUGUGGCUUAAACAGUUAUAUCCCAUUAGUUAGACGUCCCAAUUGUUAGACAUGUUUAUUUAGGCAAAGAGGGAAUAUACCUACAGGUGUAAUGGAUCAGUCCUAAUUAGAUUAAAGUACUGGGUAGGGAUAGGGGACUCACAGUUUAGGGAGUAUCUGUGUUAUAAUUUCGUUUAAUCAACCUAAAUUACCUUACUCUCAGCACAGGUUCAAUAGGCAUGAGAUUAACUAUGUAAACUAUGUAGCUUAAUUGUCUUACUGUAUGAUCAGUUGAAGGAGUUGAGUUUAGAUUAUCUACUCUUCAAACAAAUAAAAAUGAUCUUGGGGUACAUAUCAUUAGCAGUAUCGAUAUACCUGGUUUAGGGAAAGUAGAGUACCUCACCUCUCGGCGUGGAAGUGAGCAGUUGAUAUUAGAUGGAUAAUUAUAUUUACAAAAGAAACCGCGAGAGGCAAACCUUCAAAAUUGGAGAUGUGUCGUCAAGACGUGCAAUGGGAAAUGUACGACUGUCGGUGACUUUCUUUGCAAUCAGUCGGAACAUAACCAUCCGCCUGAAGAUGAAACCAGAGUGAACUUUGUCAGCAAUCUUCGUAAAAGAGCUUGAGAAGAAACCACACAGAUGCAGGCAUUGUAUGAGGAGCAAGUCACUCAAGUAGAUGAAGCCAACAUGCCAGCAUGAUGCCAUCAUUUCAGAGCGUGAAAAGUGCACUUUACAGGCGUUACAUUCCAGCGUUACCCAGGUCGCGGUCAGCAGUAGACAUUGAAGACAAAUGGUCAGAGACAACAGAUGGACUUCCCUUUCUACUGUUAAGCAAUGGCGACGAUGACAAGAUCCUGGCGUUCUCCACUGCAGAACAGAUACAAGCCCUCCAGGAAGCCGACACCCUUUACAUGGAUGGUACCUUCACAGCAUGUCCGGGUUUAUGGGAUCAAGUAUACAUCAUUCAUGCCAGAGUUGGCCCCAACAUCUUCCCUCUAGUGUUCGCCCUUUUGCCAGAUCGCCAAGCAACAACCUAUGGCCGGCUUUUUCGACAACUGAAGAGACAGAAGUUCAAGAGCAACUCAACAGACCUCUGUCACCUAGCACACUUGCUUCGUCUGGGAUAAAUAAACUGUAAAAGUUAUAAAAUGUAAAGUGUACAUUACCAAAAACUGUCACAAAGUGUUGUUACAAACUGUAUAAAAUUUAUCAAAUGUAAAGUGUCAUUAAAUGUUAAGUAUAAUAUUCAAGUAUCUAGUUAAAGCUGCUUUGCUUUGUUUGUCAGAUCUUAUCUGGACUAUUCCAUUUUAAAGUCUGAGGUAACAAGCAUAAGGAUUAGUGUGCACUCAACCAUUUAAAGUGUUGUUAUAAGCUGUCUAACUAUUGGGACGUCUAACUAAUGGGAGGACACCGCUUAAAAAAUGUGUAACAAGGACGAGAUGAUAGGGACCUGUUCCUGUAGAUUUUUAUCUUUUAUGUGAAAUGCAGAAUUGAGGCUGAUAUGUUAGAAAGGCUGAGUUUUGGGGUUUUCACGACACCAUGUAUUAUUUGAACAUGAGCAAGUUAUUGAACCCAGUCUGAUUUCGAAAGAGAUUUAGUUAAAGAUGGAACAAAACAUGGCGAAAAAAUUGCCUGGUGGGCACUUGCUCAUGGUCAGAUUUUUUAAGAAUUAAAUCAUUUCAUUAAAACUUCUGUACUUAUGUCAUAAAUCAAAACAAGCAAAGAAUGGGAAGAAGAAAUUGUAGUUGUCGGUCGUAGGAGCACUUCCUGCAGUGGUAAACAUGUUAUGGUUCAAGUCCUUCAGAGAUGUAAUUGCCAGGAAAAAAGAGUUAUCUCCCUUUCAUUGUGAGUCUAGAUUAGAAAUCAUUUGACUAGAAAAAGAAGAUUCUUUUGGUAAUUUAUAAAUCACAACUUGUCAGUGGGUAAAUUGUAUUGCUAUUAUAUCAUCACUUGAGCCUUAACCUGUUGCUUCAAUGUUUGCUGAAGGUGUGGCACUUGCUGAUGCCCAUCUGAGGAUCGCAGUAUAUGUCCAGUACUCAUUAGUCACACAGUCUAACACUGUUGGGUCGAACAUCUAUGUGUCUAGCUUACGGUUGUCGCCAAGUAAAAGCUUGGCUCUACGCAUUCCUUCUUGAUUCGACUUCCAGUGGUAGAGCGUCCACCCGGAGAGCGGAAGGUCCGGUGUUUGAUCCAAGGCUGUCAUACCAAAAGACGUUAAAAGAUGGUACUUGUUAUUACCCUGUCUGCUGCUUGGCAUUAAAGGGCUAUGACAAGGACUGGUCGGCUCGGAGUCGGUAUACUGAGUCUGAGUGGGGUAUUCAAGUUAAACUGCGGCAUGGUAUCUCAGUGACCUACGGAUAACCUUUUGAGCAUUUGAGUUUUUACUCUAGGGUUUCUAUUUUACUUGGGUUAUUACAUUUUCAUUGGGUAACCAAUAUGUUUUCACUCAUCUAUGCUCUAUUGGUUUUUUCCCAAAGUUAGUGAACAUUUUAAGAUUUGAACAAAAAUAAUAAUGCUUCAGAUGUAUAUAACUAUUCUAAAUAUGUAUAUAUAUAGGCUUGACACGGAAAGUUUAUUAGCACAUAAUUGUGUCUUGGAAAUUAGCUCCUUUGUGUGCAUGCUGAAAAAGCUUCAUUGGGUAUUUACGUGAAUGUUUUUUAUACAUUAUAGUUUUUAAUUUAAUCAUGUGUUUCUGUAUGCAUGUUAAUUGAAAGUAAUUGGAUUUUGAAUAUUUUGGGGGGGUAUUUUACGCAAAUACACUGCUUAUCUGUAGCUCUGGAGCUAGCACUAUAAAUUGGCAUAUGUCCGGACUAUUAAAAGCAGCCAAACACACACACGAGCAUGCACAUCGCUAUGUAAGUGUAAUAGUCUUGGACCUGACAAUAAACCCCAUUUCACCUGACCUUCUUGAUUCACCAUGUUUCGGUUGUGUCAAACCUGGGAUAACUCGAUGUGUUUACAAAGGCCCCUUCAACUUCAACACAACAGUGUUUGACUGUAUAUACAUGAACAAGUGUCUCUUUACAGUUCAGUGUUUGUACUGAUCCAUUAGCAGUCUGUGUCUCAAACCAAUUCUCCAAAGCACAAGUCAAGUAAAAUGUCAUUUGGGGUGAUUAUGUAUAGAGUAACUAGGUUAAAUUCUUGUGAAAAUGAACUUUUGAAAGUUUAAAGUUUGGUGCAGAGUCAUAUACUAAUUUAAAACACUGUUACUGAUUUGUUAAGUGUAGGUAAUGACCCAGGUUUGUGAUGGCCAAGCUGUUCCCCGAGAUGGAAGGGCUGACUAGGACUAUGGGAUCCAAGGACCGACAUGCCUCCAGGGUGCAGGACCUGCUGUAUCAGCAAAUGCAGGAACAUUCUAUAUUCUGUGAUGUUACCCUUAUCAUUGGAGCAGUGGAGAUCAAGGCUCAUUGGUGUAUGUUGGUGUCGUGCCCAUUCUUCCAGUCUCUCUAUGACAGUGGCAUGAGGGAGAAAACAGCAAGUGAGGUACACCUAUCAUUUGGCAGUGCAUGGGCUAUGAAAGAGGCAGUGAAGUUCCUGUAUGUUGGCACUGUGGAGGUCAACAUGGACGUCGUGAAGGAGCUGCUUGAGGCUGCCGAGUACCUCCAGAUAACGGACAUGAAGAAGUGCUGCAGUGACUACCUCUUCCUCGUUGACAUCAACAUCGACAACUGUGUCAACUUAUCACUGAUGGCCAGUUUGUAUGACCUUGACCUAUACAACAGAGCAUUCCAGUUUCUCAGAGGGCACUUGCCUGAAGUUAUGGGCAAAGAUGACAUCUUGGUUCUAACCAAGGAGUCCAUUGUGUCCUUGUUGACGGAUGAGACACUCUCCUAUGUAUCCCAAGAGGAGUUCUUUGAUUUCAUUUUCAGAUGGACGGUGCAUGAGUUAGAUCAACGAGAAGACAGCUUUCCUGAACUGUUUGAGUGUUUGGACCUCACUAAAAUGAGCAAAUCAUUCCUAGAAGACACAGUUGAGCAUUGCCCACUGGUUGUGAAGUUUGAAAGGUGUAAAGUUCAUCUGUUGAAUGUAAAAGUGAAACAAAUGUUUGGAAUGCUUACUCACAACAAUGAACAGAAGAAUGUGAUCCUCAUCUGUGGUGGCAGUGGCCCAGGUGUGUACAUCGGCCACUUCAUGCUUCCAUAUUCAGACUUCAUGUCUGUCAAUAACAUGUUUGCUUACGUCAUAGAGGAGAAACGAUGGACUGAGUUAGCACCUUUGCCAUAUGCCAUGCGACGACCAAUGCUUGUCUGUGAUGAAAGUGGGAACUUGUUUGUGUACGACAACUCUAAUGGAUUAGAGGAACUGUAUCUGUUUCAGUACAGAGUAGCUGACAAGACGUGGACCAGCAUUAAAGUAGUGUUCCCUUCAAGCUGUGAGAAUGUAACCAUCCAGAACAUGGUUUGUUGUGCCAACAGGGUUUUCUUCAUAGCUUCUGGCAUGUUGAAGAAGAACCAGACUCCCAGUGGAGCAGCUGCAGCAGCAGCUCAUGCUAGUCAGAGCACGGCGUGGACAUGUUUCUUGAUGGAGAUAAACCAGAGUGCCGAGGAAAGCACCAUCAAGUGUAAACUGUUUCCUAGAAAUCCCAACACCGAGAUCAAUGUCUGUGCAGUGAACAACACCUAUGUGUGUGUGUCUGGCUGGAAAUGUGGGGAUAAAGGCGGCAAGAAGAGCAGACAUAGUGCUAAGUUUGUCUACUUUGAUACGAAAUCUGAACGCAGGUAUGAUUCAUCACGAGGGUGCAUAUUCGAGAACUACAUGUUUCCGUAUGCAGAUGGAAUUAUGGUUGGCAAACCUGGGAAAAUGUCUACUCGUGUGUUCUCAUUCCAGGACAGAAAGUGGAAGCCGAAGAAAGACUUUGGGAUUCCCCUUCCUCCAGAAAAUGGAGAUCGUGUGGAUUUCUCGUACACAUGUUGUAAAGAUGAGUUUUAUGUUUUUGGGGGAAAGAGCCUUGAGACCAAGGAACCAUUGAAGUCAGUGUUCAAGUACAGCCUUGAGAAGAAACAGUGGAUCAAGGUAGAGGACAUGCCUGAGGCUCUGAUGGGGAGUGCUGUGUGUGUGGGCAAAAUGCCUCGCGAUCACGUUCGCUGCCACAUACACUGUCCUCAUUGUCAGUAUGUGACACGCCGCAGUCAGGCAACAUAUGACAUAGCCUAUUCUGACAAUCCUGAUGAUGAUGAUGAAUAUUCUAUUGACAAUUACUCCUACGACUACUCCAACCAUUCGUAUGUGUGGGAUGAAGAUGACAUGAUAGACCUGGAUGAUGAUGAUGACAUCUAUGAUCAAGACUAUGACUACUGGGCAACAUAGAAGAAACUCUAGACUUAGGAGGCCUGUUUGUGCAUGGACACUUGCUGCAAGUGCUGUAGAUUAUGUGGAUAAAAGGACAGGUUAUGUAUGUCAAGCACUGCAAAAUGUGCAUAUGUGAUUGAAAACAAUUGAAAAUAGAUGUUGUGGCUCCAGUUACCAGAUCACCCUAUAUUAUCUCUGACUUAACCAACUAUUAUGGACAUUUUCAUCAAGUACUUGAUGACUACAACUUCAGCCUUAUUUCAUAGACUUUUCUUCUAUAUUGUAGUUUGUUAGUGUGUUUGUUUGUUUGUUUGUUGUUCUACGCCACACUCAACAAUAUUCCAGCUAUACGAAGGCUGUCUGUAAGUAAUCAAGUCUGGACCAGACAAUCUUGUGAUUGACAUCAUGAGCAUCGAUCUACGCAAUUGGGAUACAAUGACAUGCAUCAACCAAGUCAGGGAGCCUGACCACCCGAUCCCGUUUGUCGCCUCUGGUACUAUUACAGCCUGGUCACAAUCAGGGGUCACAUUUUUGUUGCACUUAUGUUGAAAAAUCAAGAGCAAUUAAAGUACUUUGUGGUGUAAACAACUAAAAGGUCAAUAUUAGCACUUUUAUGCUAAAAUAGUGAAAAGGGCUUUUCUUAUUUUCAUUCGGUUUUGUCUCAAACUCAUCAUAAACAUCCCAUUGGCUACGGACACUACAAGAUGCUAUUUAACAUAGAAAUAGACAGUUUAUUCAACAAAACAAUGAGGGCAGGUAAGUGUUCUAUUUGACUUGGCACAGUGGGGCCCAUUGCAAAGUAAACAGCGUAUUUCCUGUCUGAGAAAGCAUAUGAAACAUGAUUGAAAACUGUAAAUAAACUGAAAGAAGCAGUUUCUCUUCUCUAAAUACAUGGUUAUCAAUAUCUGGUAAGUUUUAUGAAAUCCUUUCAAGACGUUUAGAUAGUAGUAUAUGACAAACUUGUAAACCAGUAAGUGUAAAGAUAAAUAUCUUGGCAACUGACUCACUUGCCCUGAACUUAGGACACUACAAAUUGCAAAGUGUCUAAUUAGAGAACAGACAAACUGUAAUAAGAUAAAGACUCUUGUUAAAUGUCAAAUAGACAACUUUUUUCUUUGGAAACUACUCAAUGAAAAGCAAAAUCUAAUCAUCUAAGAAUCUGUGGCUACGGACACUACAUAUUGUAAAAUGUCCCAAAUAUUCAAAACCAAUUGAAUAGAGUGAAGGAAAACAUCAGAUUACUGUAGGUUUACAUAUUACAUGUACAUGAAAUAUUUCUUUUGGUUAAAUUACCAACUGGACUGUUCAAUCAAAAUACCAGGUCUUAAUAUAGGAAACUUUGGACCCUACAGGGCUACAGACAUUCAAGGGUAAUUCAAACAACUCGACCUGAGAUUAGUAGCGUGGGAUAAUCUGUAAAAUAUAUUAAAGCACAAACAGUCAGCUGUUGUUAAGUACUUGAGUAGCCAUAGGGCUACAGAAACUACAAAACACAUGCAUGACCCGCACCUGCUUACAUAACCAAGAUCAUACCUGAUAAUCAUGCCAUUUUUCACAAAGUUGGUAUUCCGAUUGGUGGAUAAAACAACAAACCAGCAAUACUUAAGCACAGUUUGUUGACACAUGAGGAGUAGAAAAUAGUAUGUAAAAUUCAAGAAAAUAUAAUGCAUACAUGAACCUUUUUUGUGAGGAAGUGUCAAAAUGUGUAGAUACAACAUUGAGAUAUACCUUCAGUUGAAGAGAGAUUGCUACUCCUUUAUGCUAAUGUAGUAUAACAUGUAAUGCAUUUUUUAAUAUUAACAAUCAAGCUUCAUCAAAUUUAGUCAAAAUUUAGGCAUGUUUUGGGGACAUGGCUAAAAAUGUUAAUGCCAAAGAGAAACGGGAACGUACUUAAUGUCACGUUGAGACAGUGCAACUGUAGCAUGAAACAGUACAUAUGACCUUCUUUUCAUCCCGUAAGUAACCAUUUAGGUCCUUGGUAUACAAGCUUGUCUAAGUAAUAUGACCCCCCCGAUUGUGACCAGGACAAUUACUAAUCAUGCUGAGUUUGAAAUUCUUUAAUCCAGUUAAAUACAACAUGAUUUGUUUCCUUAGAUUGAAUCGUUAUAGCGUUUUGUUCAGUACAUUACAAUGUUUCUUAACUAUCAUGCUAUUAAUCUUGUCAGAUUACAAUCUUUGUGUAAUUUACUACUUAUGACUCUCAUAUCCAUGCUGCUGUUUGUCCUAUUGACAGUGAUUAAUUUUGCCUUGUGGUCAGCUUUGUGAAAAGCAUUUAACACCUGUAUGCAAAUCUGAUUCAUCAGUGAUGUCAAUCUUAUUAUUCAUGCAUUGCAUAAUUGUCUAUUACGACUGAAAGUGACUCCUAGCAAUGUGCUGGGGGGAUAUGAAGCUUGUCACAACAGGAUAAGAUAUAUGUUUAAUGUUCAGCAGUGUCCUAAACAUUUGUUUUUGUAUGCUGUAUGCUAUGUAACAGUGCUGCUACAACUUUGAAGUUGUGUAGGCAUGCUUACUGCCUACCAUGUUUACCGUCAUGCCUCAUUGUAACAUGGCUUCAUGGGUGUACAAGUAUCACCAGCUCUUACCAUGUUUACCGUCAUGCCUCAUUGUUACAUGACUUCAUGGGUGUACAAGUAUCACCAGCUCUUACCAUGUUUACCGUCAUGCCUCAUUGUAACAUGGCUUCAUGGGUGUACAAGUAUCACCAGCUCUUGCCAUGUUUACCGUCAUGCCUCAUUGUAACAUGGCUACAUGGGUGUACAAGUAUCACCAGCUCUUACCAUGUUUACCGUCAUGCCUCAUUGUAACAUGGCUUCAUGGGAGUACAAGUAUUGCCAGCCCCUAUGAGGCCUACAGAGAUUAACUGAUCUACCUUUUUGACUCAUUUUACAAAUGGUAUGUGGUGAAUUUGUGUACAGUCACAACUGUGACAUCACAAUCUUUAGUGUAGCAUCAUACCAUACAUACUGUGCAGCAGGAACAACAAUCUAUGACAGAACUGUUUCAUCUAGCAUGGGCUAUAGAAAACAUAAUUAAUGCAAGUCCGAUUGUGCACCUUUAAUUGUUAACAUGAUUAGUAUGUUUGUAUUAUAAGGGGGCUGUUCAUGGAUCAAGACCCGUUGUGAUGGUUAAGUCAUUGUAAAAACAGUUUAAUCGAUAUUGUAUCAACAGUUUUCAUGUUAACAUAUCAAGAAAUGUUUGUAUUUAUAUGUACUGUUGUGACCUUUAAUGCCACUGAACUAGGGUAACUGGUCAUCUGUGUGUAUGCUGGAAGUACAUCAAUGGUUAUUUUUUAUUGAUAGUCUAUAUCCUUUAUAUUUAUGUUUGUUCAUGCUUGAAAUCCAAUGUCUAUGUUCUAUGUAUGUCAGAAUAGGAUAGACAAAAACUUGGCAGAACAAAUCAACAUCGAUGAGAUACCCAUCUGUGCUGUGCAUACAUUACCUGGCUCACAAAUCCCUUUUUUGCAAGCUGUUGAUGCCUCCUAUACUACUAUGUAGAAAUAAACCAUUGAAUAAUGA